AUGAUGGAUUCUGAGCUCCCACCUGGUAGCUGUAAUUCCACUGGACAUCUGUCCACAAUAGGAUACCAUACUUUACCAGGUCGCAUGCACCAUUCGGCGAGCACACCGGCGGGCGUGGACGGUGCCGGCGGCGCGCGCACUCCCCCCGCCACGCCCAAGAAAGGCGGCAAAAUGCUUGCCGUGCGCGUGCACAUGCUGGACGACACCAUCUCCAUGUUCCAGAUACAGUCAAAGGCGCCGGGGAAGGUGCUUUUUGACCAAGUGUGUCGACAGCUACAUCUCCUGGAAGCAGAUUACUUUGGAUUAGAAUAUCAAGAUUCCGGUGGUACAAAGUAUUGGCUGGACGUGGAGAAACCAAUGUGCCGUCAAGUGGGCCUCUCGAUGCUGGAGCCGACGUUGCGCUUCUGCGUGAAGUUCUAUACGCCGGACCCGGCACGACUCGAGGAGGAGUUCACGCGCUACCUAUUCUGUCUGCAGGUGAAGCGGGACCUCGCGAACGGCUGCAUACAGUGCAACGAGAACACCGCCGCUCUCAUGGCCAGCUAUAUUGUACAAGCGGAGUGCGGUGACUUCGUGCCGGAGGACUAUCCGGACCAUACAUACCUCAGCGGCUACAAGUUCUUCCCCGGUCAAGAUUCCGAGUCCGAACGAAGGAUUAUGGAAAACCAUAAGAAACACAUUGGCCAGAGUCCGGCUGAGGCGGAUCUAAAUUUGUUAGAAACCGCACGAAGAUGCGAACUGUAUGGAAUAAAGAUGCACCCGGCGAAAGACCACGACGGCGUACCACUAAACCUGGCGGUAGCGCACAUGGGUAUCGUUGUCUUCCAGAGCUUUACCAAGAUCAACACUUUCAGCUGGGCCAAGAUCAGGAAGAUAUCGUUCAAGAGGAAAAAAGUUUUUAAUCAAACUGCAUCCGGAGGGAUAUGGCCACUACCGCGACGUGGUGGAGUUCCUGUUCGAGGGCCGCAACGAGUGCAAGAACUUCUGGAAGAAGUGCGUGGAGAACCACGGCUUCUUCCGCUGCUCCAGCGUGCCGCGGCCGCCGCGCCACAAGCCCAGGGUGCUGUCGCGCGGCUCCUCCUUCCGGUAUAG